AGGAGGGAGGAAGAGAGGGAGAGAGAAGGAGGGAGGUAGUGAACAGCUGUUAAAAACUUUACCUCCAGGAUAUUUGGGUUUUGAGUUACAAGAAUUCCACGCCCAUACCUUAAAGCAGACACACGUUUAAACAAAACAGAAACCACCAGCAUGUGAGACGCAUUCCUGUGUUCAAAGUCUGGAAACAACAACAGCAACAAAAACCGAUCCGAUUCCUCAAGACACACGGCCUUCUAGCUGGAACGCAGAAUACAUCUUGCUAAACUGUUUCUGUGCUGGAGUUCACCAGGGGGACAACCAUGAAGAAAUUAUUUUCCUGUUCGUCAUCUCCAGUUGCUGUGGAGCGCUGGGGGAGGGAUGAUCAGAAGCUGCUCUCCGCAGUUGAUCGGGGGGAUGUGGAGAAGGUCUCGGCCGUCCUCUCCCGGAGGACCAUCCGACCCACCAAGCUGGACGAGAAGGGACGCUCCUCGUUCCACCUAGCUGCAUCAAGAGGUAUUGCAGAGUGUUUGGACAUGAUGUUGGCACACGGGACAGACGGUCAGGCACGAGACAAGGAAGGCUGCAGCGCUCUGCAUCUAGCUGCUAAACACAGCCAACCCCAGUGUGUGAAGACACUGCUGCAGCACAACAUCCCGGCUGACCUAUCUGACUGCCAGGGCUGGACUGCGCUGCACUAUGCAGCUCUGACGGGGUGUGUAGCGUCUGUGGCCCUGCUUUGUGGUCAGGGAGCCCCCAUCGACUCCACCGAUCGGGAUGGAAGGACUGCGCUGAUGAUAGCUGCUCAGGAGAGGAAGGGGGUGGUCUGUGCAGAGCUAGCCAGGAGGGGGGCUGACGUCAACACCACGGACCACCAGGGAAGGUCGGCCCUGAUGGUGGCGUCGCGGCGAGGCUGCGCGGAGGCUGUGAGCGCUCUGCUGGCGUACGGAGCCGACGUGAGGAGAGUGGACAGCCGGGGGGAGGAUGCUGUCCACUACGCAGCACAGGCAGGGAGCGAGGAGGUAGUGACCAUGCUGAAGAACGCGCAGAGUGACACAGGAUCGGGGAUGCUUCAUUCUGUUGGUAACGAGAGCGGACAGCCGUUCGAGGCUGCUGUGAGCCCUGAGCCAGCUCACUGGGAGAGCGAGAUGAGAGAGGGGUGCGAGACGGAGCAGAGAGAGAUUGAGAGGCUACAGGGGGAGCUGAGCUUGAAGAGCCAGGAGUCUGAGAGCCUGAAGAGGGAGGCAGAGGCACUGCGAGGCAGGCUGAAAAAACAGACCAAGGCCUUGAGACUCCUGCUCGACGCAGAGGGGGAAGGGGAGCGGGUAGAGGGAGAGGAGGAAGACGGGCAUCUGCUGGAUGGGUUAGCCAGCCUUCUGAGAGAGAAAAGAGCCAGGGAGAGUGGCUGGAGGUUGGACCAGAGGAAUGGGAAGAUGGAGGCUGGAGGGAAGAAAAAGGAGCAAGCGAGUGUGGAAGGGGAUGCCCUGAGGAGACUGGAGGGCGCUCUGGAGGCGAAGGAGAGCGCAGAAAGGAGGGUCGCUGAAAUCGAGGGACACCUGGACAACAUGAGAACCGUCCUGUCCCAGUACGAGACACGCAAGAGAGUGCAGAGCUGCGUGAUCGAGGACCUGGAGACGCAGGUCUCCGAGUUGGCUACGGAGAAUGAAACUCUGAGGUCCAGGCUUCAGGAGCUGCAUCAGAACCUGCAGGCCGAGAGGCUGAAGACUCGCGAUAGUGUGCCCUGGCAGGACUUCAGCGAGGGCAGGCGGGCACUGGGGGGCAGCAUUGCAGAGCUGAGACACUUACUCUGUGACGUAAGGCUGGGAUACACAGAGGCCUGGAGGAUGAGAGAGGCCAGACUAAGAGAGAUGAAGGACAGGCAAGCGGAGCUGGACAUGUUAAGGGCAAGGCUGGAGACACACUUUGUGCCAAUGGAGGACCACAGGCGGUGCAAAGCAUCCUGGGAAGGUAGCGUGAAAGAGCUGGAGAAGAUGGUUCUGAAGCUGAGAGCGGAAAACCAAAAGCUACUGAGAGAAGACAACCUCAGAGACAAAGGGGGCAGGAGGGAAUGUGUAGGGUUACAGAGACGCCCAGGAAACCCAGGAACCCUAAAAAGCCGCCCAGUUUCGUGCAGGGAGCCGGACGAACCAAAGACUGUGGGCACAACACGAGCCUGGCAGUCCGAGGAACUGUUAUUGUCAGAAAAACAAAAUGGAAUCCAUAGCUCUCUGACUAAGAGCGAAGCCCACCUACAGCAAGUGUGCAUGGCUGACAAAGCAACAGGCACAAACAAACAGUGUAGUCCCUUGAACGUUAAGGAAAAGGAUUUUCUUCAAGGGGUCUCAGUUUUUCCAAGACUUUCUGGAUAUUUCAAAGGAGAUGGUCUUUUGAACAAAGAUGAACUUGAGGAAGCCGUCACUCGGAAAAGAAUGGGGAGGGUUUUCCAUCAGCUGUCCUCGGGUAGUCUCCCGAUAAAUGGUCAGGGCUUUCCUGGAGAUGGAAAGAAAACUGACUGGAGAAGAUGGAACUGUGGGGAGGCUGCUGCUGAGAAGCUUGGGAGACGGGAGUUCCUAACCCAAGGAGUGUUAGGAAAGAGCAAUCUGGAGGGGGGUGAAGAGAAGGGCAUGCCAGAUGCUUCUAGUUUGUUGAAGGACCGUUCGGAGAUGGAUGCAGAUAUCUCCCCAAUCCAGGGUCUGAUGGCUGAUAUCACACAUGUGGAACAAGACCUGGCUUCAGAACAACAGGUUUCAAGAAAGCUACAAGCCAAACUUACAGCUCAGGAGAAUGAGAUCAGAGGGCUGAGGGACAGUUUCCCUCCGGAUAUCCUGAGAGAGGGAAAUGGAGGGUCUGGAAAAGGCUUUGAUUGCGACGCUAUUGAGGAGCUCUACUGGAAUAUCGUGAGUCUGGUAAAGGUGUACCACGAGGCCAGACUCCAACUACAAGCCAUUAGGUCAGCAGAAAAACAACAGGGACUAGAAAACAGACAGGCAUCAGAAAAACAACAGGGACCAGCAAACAAACAGGCGUCAGAAAUCAGUGGCUUGAAAAACGAGCUUUCUAAGGUGAAGCAAAAAGCUGUAGACCUCAAACAUAAACUUGACGACCAAAUUAAGGAGUCUGUCAACAAAGAGGAGCAUUUCAGGGUCGUAACUGCCCUGGAAACAGAGAUUAAAGGUCUAAGGUCAGAGGCAGAGAAGACCCGUUUGGGCGAGAGAAAGGCUGAGGCAAGUCGUCUGCAGGCUGAAGUCGAUCGGGCCUUCCAGGAGACGAGAAGCCUGGAGCUAUGGGAGAAGCACAGGCAGGAGGAAGUAAAGGGUUUUCUGGAGAAAGACCAAGCUCUGGGGCAAGAUUUGAGGCUGGCGUCUUCAAAGUAUGAAGAUUUGCGGCAGGAGACGGCUCGCUGGAAGCACCAGGUGGAGGAAGAAAGGGAGAGGACAAGGGAGAUGGGCGGGAGGGUGUCAGCUUUGGAGAGGAUAGUGUGCGAGAAGGAGAGGGAAACUCAGAAACUGGAGCAGACGGUGCUCAUGCUCAAAACCAGAGGAGAGGAGCUGACCCAAGCUUGUGAAAACAAAGACAGGAAGAUUGUGGAGCUCCAGGCAGAAGAGGAGAGGUUGUCUGCACAGGGGGCCUGUCUUCGCAGUGAGAUUGGGAGUCUACGAGAGCAGUUAAAGGUGAGCUUCACUACACCACAGAGGGGCUGUGCGGAUACUCAGAUUUUCCAAGUAAUUCCCUUUAACAUGUUUUACGUCUGCAGUCAUUAAAACAGAAAGCGCUCUGUUAAAAAACGUGGUAACUCUGAACCCACACCGUCGUUUUAAAUCUACAGUAUUAAAAAGAUUGUAAAUGGGCAUGAACCAGCGACCCUGCCCACCG